AUGCGCGGACAGGUUGUCGCUGCCCCGUGGCGGUUAAGGGUCUACAGUGGAGGAGGCGGAGGCUGGAACGAGAUGCUGGUUUUGAUGCUAGUUGUGGCGGCGGCAGCGAUCGUGCAUCUCUGCCCGCUGGUCGGAGCUCAGCCGCUGUGCCGUAGACGCCUGGUGAGGACAGGAAAAGUGUUUAACAAGCAAAAGACUGUUCAAGGGGAUCCCCUGUUUUAUCCAUCUCUGACGACACACUUGAUUAAACAUCCUUGCAAGAAAAACUUAGCUCUGUAUCUAGGAAGAGAAGUUUUUUUCACCGACAAUAACUUUGGCAGUAGUCUCCUCCCAUUUUCCAUCCCUUCAUCAAUGCAGGUUGGCUUGCCAGUGGUAACGUCGGCAUUUUUUGCUGGUUCUGUCCUGCUGUUGGUAAUAAAUCGAAAAGUCUAUAUUUAUGACUAUGAAGCCAAUUCCUGGAACAUCUCUGUAGGUAUAAAACACCCCGUUUCACACAUUUCUGGUGAUAAUUGUUGUUACAGUGGAAAUUCCUUUUGUUUGGCUAUAAGCAAUUCGAUUUUUGCAUAUUUGCGUGGAGAGAAGGCAUCACGGGCCCAUAUAUAUUUCUCAAAUACCUGGGGAUACAAAUUUCAGAAGUUUACCUUUGGAAGUCAGGUAGGUUUAGUUGGUUCUUUGAAUGGGAUCUUCUACUUCCACUCCUUGUCACAGAUCGGGAUGCUUCUCACUGAGAAAAAUAAGGCCAAGUUUGGGUAUUCAGAUCACCCUCUGAACAGAAGUUUCGGGCUGCCGUUUAACUACACUGACACCCUUGAAAUCCUCAUCUCCCCGGGUCAGAAGGGCAUCUUGAUCCUCUGGGAUGAGAACAGCCUGAUGGUUUCCCAUAAUGCAGGGCAGCUGGUGGACACCGUGGUGGUCCGGAAGGGCGAGCGCAUCCUGCACGCGUCCCUCUCCGAGGUCAACGUGACCUUCCACAGCGUCGCCUCCAAUGAAAAUGAACUGGCGGUUUUAACUAGAGAGAAUCAUUUUUAUUACGGAAGUCUGGGCGUUCUGUCAAGUUCCGUGAUCAAAUUUGUAGACCAAAAUGUGUGGUCCCCAGGCGCAGCUCUGAUGUUCAGUGACCUGGGGAUACUUGAGAUCCUGACCCCAGUUCCCGACCUGCAUCACCCAGAAUAUGAUUUCCAGCUGUGCUCUGUGAAUAUUCAGGAGAUACUCAUGGAUCCCACACUCGAUGUCAACGUCUGCAAAAUUGAGCUUCUGCAAGGUGAAUUUGAGGACAAAAUGUAUACCAUUGAUAUGAACAGUCAAUUGGAGUUGUCAGCUCUGAUGAUACCCCGGCCGGGCAGAUCACCUGUUCCAAUAGUGACAGUAAGCAACCCCCACUCCCUGGGGCUGCAGGUCAUCACCUACGAGGAUGGCUACACCUAUGACGGCAACACAAAGCACCGACUGAACAUUUCUCUGAAGCAGCAGCAGCACUGGGGCAGGGCCGACCCCAGCUUCACGUCCAGCAUAAAGAGGCCCACGAUGUCCACCAUCACCCUGGACAUAGCCAACAAGGAAAUCUCCUGCGUGGACCUCAAGCCACUGACGGCGCUCAUUUCAGUUGGUUGUGACCAGGAGAAGACACUCGUGGUUCAGAACGAAAUCUCAGCCUGCUCCAAAGGCGUCCUCGACCCGGUGACCCUCCAGGAUAACUACACCUACGUCAUUGAGAGGACGUCCUACGACCCCAACUUCCUCGGGCAGGAGGCGGCCAAGGACCUGGUCGUGACGUACCGAUAUGACCUGCUGGGCUGUCCCGGCCUCGUCUACUACGACACCCCUUGGAAGCCCGUGGUGGAGCUGUGGAGACAAGGAAGGUUCCAGGAGGUCAUCAACGCCGAGUAUGUCCUGCUGGAGGUGAACGGGCUGUUCACGUACACGUACUCCCUGACGGCCGAGGAGGCCCUCUGCAAGUCCCAGCCACAGAACUGGAGCACGGUCAUGGGCACCACUGGCCGCAAAGGGCCAUUCGCCUGGGACCGAGAGAACUACAUGAGCUGCCACGAGCCCAACGACAACGCCCCUCUGCUGUGGCCAGACGUCCCCUAUGAGAUCAUGGGUGGCCCCACGUCAAACAAGAUCAUUUUCGACCAAAGGAAUGGAAUGUACGUCUUCUCCAUCUCAAUUGUGGAUCCAUACUACAGCUACUGCCACCUGAAGACCACCUUCAGCAUCUACGUCCACGGGGCCUUCCCGCCCUCCGUCCUCCCGGCCGAGCUCACCAUCCUCCUGCUCAUGUUGGGGAUCCUGCUGUUCGUGUGGCUGGCCCACAUGGUCCCCAAGUUGCUGCACAUGGAGACGGGAAGCCGCGUUAAGGUGUUCUGGGUCGACACGUUCCGGCAGUGCCAGCCGUCCUGCGCGCGUCACCAGGCCAAGUACUGA